AUGUCGACGUAUCCUGUGCUGAAUGAUCAGCCAAUUGAUCAGUGGAACUUCACGGAACUGAAGGAUGAGCUCUCUAGGAGGAACUUACCUACCGAUGGCUUGAAGGAUGAUCUUGUGAAAAGGCUCUUUGAGGAACUUCAGGGUGAUAUAUUUGGUGGAGACGGGCCAGUUGGUGGAUCUCCUCCCGAUGAUGAUCUCAAAGAGGACGAAGCCCCUGGUUCGGCUGAUGCAUCUGUUUGCCAGGCUGCGGUGGAACAAAAUGUUGAUGAAGGUCCUUCUCAGGUCGCAACCCUGGAAGGAUAUCCUGUUGGUUCUGUUACAGAGGCUAGUGAGGAAAGUGCCGAUGCUACUACAGAGGUUAUUCAGGAUGCUGUAGUUAGUACCGAAGAAGUUAGUCAGACAACUCUUGUUGCGGAGGCUAGUGAGAAAAAUGCCGAUGCUACUACAGAGGUUAUUCAGGAUGCUGUAGUUAGUACCGAAGAAGUUAGUCAGACAACUCUUGUUGCGGAGGUUAGUGAGAAAAGUGCCGAUGCUACUACAGAAGUCAGUCAGGAUGCUGUAGUUAGUACCGAAGAAGUUAGUCAGACAACUCUUGUUGCAGAGGCUAGUGAGAAAAGUGCCGAUGCUACUACAGAAGUUAGUCAGGAUGCUGUAGUUAGUAACGAAGAAGUUAGUCAGACAACUCUUGUUGCUGCUAUUGAAGUUAGUGAUGCUCCUCUUGUUGAUAUGGCAAAAGCUGAUGAAAUUUCUCCAAGUGGCGCAGUGGCAGCCAACGGAGAUCACCUAGAAUCAGCUCCAAGUGGCAGUAAUGUAGUGAAGGAAGCAUCUCCACAAGCUGAUCGCCAUAGUGAGAUUAUUGCAGAGAAGACUCCAGAAGAAGGCACCAUCAAGAAAGUGAUUGCUAAUUAUCUACCAUGUGAUGUUGCCAGUACUGAUGUCAAGUUGGAUGCAACUUCUGCUAAAGACAAGUUAGAUGCUGAUAUUGUAGAGCAAGAUGCAGUAUCAUCACUACCUGAUGCUAGUGCGUCACAUGUUGAUCCAUUGGAUGUUGAUGCUGUUGCAGCUGCACCAGGACAAAAUGCUGAGACUCUGAUUCCUGUGAUAGAUUUGAGUGAUAAUGCUUUGAUGAAUGGCAAGGACCUCGAAGAUUCUGGGCGCACAAACAGUACCUGCAAACCAACCGUGGCAGGGACAAAAGACCAGGUAACUGAGGCCAAUCCUGUUCCAGGUUCUCAAAUCAAGUGUGUUCUGAUUCCGCAUGACAAUAUAUCAACUAAUGUAAAAGGUGACCUGAAUGCUGACAAUUCUGAUUUGGAAAUAGAGGUUAAGAGGGAUAUGGUCAAACCACCAUGCAACAUUCCCUCCAUAGGUGAUGAUUUGCAGGCAUUGGACGAUGACAAAGAGUUGUCUAAGAAUGGGACCCCAUUGCAAGAAAUCGAAUCUAAAACCAAUAUGAUCUUGGACAAGAAAGAGGACAGUCCUGAUGGCGCUUUUCCUGAAAAACUAAAUUUAGACAGGAGCUCGAUGGAGGAGGAUGUGAUGGAAAGUAAGCAUGUCGAUACCAUUAUCAGAUCUGAUGAUCUUGGAGGAAAGACUGCGGUUACCUCAGACCAUGAAGAGGUAAAAGAGGUGAUCCUCUUUAAUACUGUUGCCAAUGAUUCAUCUGUGGAGACAAUGGAUAUUGUUCAUGAAGAGAAGCUAGUAACUUCAUCUGAAAAGAGGAAACUUGGAGACCAAGAAGUUGCUGCGGAUGACCCCAUCAAACGUCAGCGCCAUGUGGAUACUCCCAAAAUUCUUAAGCAACAAACAUCAAAACUAAGUAGCUCUGAUUCUCCAAAGGUUGUGGUUCGGCCUGCUCUAAAACAUUCUGUUGGCAGGUCUGAUUCAACAGCAAGUGGAGGUUCUCACAAAGAGCAGAUAGUGCCACUUCCUCAGAAGCCUGCAACAACUUCCUUGAGAGUUGAUCGAUUUGUGCGCCCAUUUACUUUGAAAGCUGUGCAAGAGCUUCUUGGUAGAACUGGAUCUGUUUGCAGCUUCUGGAUGGAUGAUAUCAAGACCCACUGCUAUGUUACAUACUCUUCAGUGGAUGAAGCUGUGGCUACCAGGAAUGCUGUUUACAGCCUCCAAUGGCCCCUAAACAAUGGCAGUUACUUAGCUGCCGAAUUUGUUGAUCCACUUGAGGUGAAGCUCAAAAUCGAACACCCUCCCCCACCGCCACCGCCUACCACCCUCAGCAAGGAUACAACUCCAAAUGCAGUAGCCUUCCAACAAGCGGAAGCUAACCAAACCAUGCUUCCCCAUGGCGCUGGUACCGCAUGGGGUCUGUCACCUACUCCACAGCCUCAUACAAAGUCAUAUCCCACAUCUAACCCCAGGCCGGAAAGGGAGGUGCUUCCACCUCCUCCAAAGCAACCGGAAACAACUAUCAAGACACUUGAUGAUCUCUUCAGGAGGACACAGGCGUCUCCGAUGAUCUACUACUUGCCCUUAUCGGAGGAGGAGGUGUCAGCCAAGCUCGCAGCACGCCGCAGGCGAAAUUGGAGACGGUAG